AUGGCAUAUCUGAUGGCAGCUUUCUCAGUGGGCACGGCUCUGAAUGCCAGCAGUUAUUCUUCAGGUGAGCCAAAGUCAGUGUGUGUCUCAGUAGAUGAGGUGGUUUCAAAUAACAUGGACAGCACGGAGACUGACCUGCUGAAUGGACACAUGAACAAGGUGGACAACAAUUUGACUGAAGCUCAGCGUUUCUCCUCCUUGCCUAGGAGGGCAGCAGUGAACAUUGAAUUUAAGGACCUUUCCUAUUCUGUCCCAGAAGGACCAUGGUGGAGGAAAAAAGGAUACAAGACUCUUUUGAAAGGAAUAUCAGGGAAAUUCAGCAGUGGAGAACUUGUUGCGAUUAUGGGUCCUUCUGGAGCUGGAAAAUCAACUCUCAUGAACAUUCUGGCAGGAUACAGAGAAACAGGAAUGAAAGGGUCAGUUCUCAUCAAUGGAUUGCCUCGGGACCUCCGCUGUUUCCGUAAGGUAUCAUGUUAUAUUAUGCAAGAUGAUAUGCUGCUUCCUCAUAUUACCGUUCAAGAAGCCAUGAUGGUUUCUGCUCACCUAAAACUUCAAGAGAAGGAUGAAGGCAGAAAGGAGAUGGUAAAGGAGAUCCUGACAGCAUUGGGUCUGUUGUCCUGUGCUAACACAAGAACAGGAAGUCUUUCUGGGGGCCAGAGAAAGCGCCUUGCCAUUGCCUUGGAAUUGGUGAAUAAUCCACCUGUCAUGUUCUUUGAUGAACCCACCAGUGGUUUGGAUAGUGCUUCCUGUUUCCAGGUUGUCUCAUUGAUGAAAGGUUUGGCCCAAGGUGGCAGAUCCAUCAUUUGUACAAUCCACCAACCCAGUGCUAAACUAUUUGAGCUAUUCGAUCAGCUUUAUGUCCUAAGUCAAGGCCAAUGUGUAUACCGAGGGAGAGUUUCAAAUCUUGUACCUUACUUGAGAGAUUUAGGUCUAAACUGUCCAACCUACCACAACCCAGCAGAUUUUGUAAUGGAGGUUGCAUCUGGUGAAUAUGGUGAUCAGAACAGUCGCCUUGUCAGAGCCGUGCGGGAGGGUAUGUGUGACACAGAAUUCAAGAGAGAAUUUGGGGGCGAUGCUGACUUGAACCCUUUCCUUUGGCACCGGCCCUCUGAAGAGAACUCCAUCUCUACUGAAGGCUGUCACAGCUUCUCAGCCAGCUGCCUCACUCAGUUCUGUAUCCUCUUCAAAAGAACAUUUCUCAGCAUCAUGCGGGAUUCAGUAUUGACACAUUUAAGGAUCACAUCACAUAUUGGAAUUGGACUUCUUAUUGGCUUGCUAUAUUUAGGAAUUGGGAAUGAAGCAAAGAAAGUCUUGAGCAACUCUGGUUUCCUCUUCUUUUCCAUGCUGUUUCUCAUGUUUGCUGCACUGAUGCCUACUGUCCUCACAUUUCCUCUUGAGAUGGGAGUUUUUCUUAGAGAACAUUUGAAUUAUUGGUACAGUCUGAAGGCCUACUAUCUAGCCAAGACGAUGGCUGAUGUUCCCUUUCAGAUCAUGUUUCCAGUGGCCUAUUGCAGUAUUGUGUACUGGAUGACUUCUCAGCCCUCUGAUGCUCUCAGAUUUGUCCUUUUUGCAGCCUUAGGGACAAUGACAUCACUAGUGGCUCAGUCUCUGGGUCUCCUGAUUGGUGCAGCUUCUACAUCAUUACAGGUGGCAACAUUUGUAGGACCUGUGACAGCUAUCCCAGUGCUCCUUUUUUCGGGAUUCUUUGUCAGUUUUGAUACAAUUCCAGCAUAUCUGCAGUGGAUGUCCUAUAUUUCCUAUGUCAGGUAUGGAUUUGAGGGAGUCAUUCUCUCCAUCUAUGGGUUGGAUAGAGAAGAUCUUCAUUGUGACGUUGAAGAGACUUGCCACUUUCAGAAAUCAGAAGCCAUACUGAAAGAAUUGGAUGUGGAAAAUGCCAAACUUUACUUGGAUUUUAUUGUUCUUGGAAUUUUCUUCAUCUCUCUUCGCCUCAUCGCUUAUUUUGUCCUCCGAUAUAAAAUCCGAGCAGAGAGGUAA